AUGGACAUUGAAGGAUCAGGAGAAUUGGAGAUAGGCAGAGACAUCCAUAUCAUAGUUACCCAGAAUGUAGGUCUUGGUACAAUGCCAUUGCAUGCUUCAAGAACAUUACUGUUGAGGAGGCUUACAGAGUUGGUGAGAGAAGCAAGGAGUGGAUUAUUAAUCCACUUUGAGACUUUGGAAGAGCCAAACUGGGGCAUGAACAUGCGGAUAUGUGUCAUGAUCAAUAGCAAGGAGUUUAGCGAGACCGAGGUUGUCAGGGCCAUAAAGAAAAAGAUUUGUGGUAAAAAUGUAGUGAGUCAGAGGCUAAGUCUUGAUUUACUGGAAGCAUGCACUACGAAUUGUAACAAGGUAUCUUUUGAGGUAGCAUCUGCUAAGAUAUUGGAAGAAAUGGUAAAGAUGAUUAACAACCCGCAAACAAAUCAUGUCAAUAAGAACAAGGCUUUGCAGUUAAUUAGAGCUUGGGGGCAAUCAGAGGAUCUUGCCUAUCUGCCAGUAUUCCGCCAAACUUAUAUAAACUUGAAAGAAACGAAUGAAUCAUCACGAAUAGAAGAUGGAAGUUCACACCCGAUGCAAUAUACCUUGGAGUCAUAUAUUCAUCAACAACCUAUAUCUGCUCCUGAAACAUAUCUCGCUUUUGAUAGAGAAAUACUUAAAGCAGAUAGUAACACUUUUGCGUUUAAUUUUGGAAAUCUAUCAACCGAAGAAAAAAAGGAAUUUAUUGUUGCGACUGGAAACAACGUUGAGUUAUUCUCUAACAUGUUGAAUACCGAAACAAACUCAAAGUCUUUAAAGGAUGACCUAACUGUGAGCAUGCUGAUGCAAUGCAAGCAAGCACAACCUGUGAUUCAAAUGUUUAUCGAAAGCACUACUGAUGAUGAGAACAUGCUUUUUGAGGCAUUGAAUCUCCACGAUGAACUUCAACGAGUCAUCUGUAAGUAUGAGGAAAUAGAAAGAGGUAAAAAAUUCAUAGAACUACCAGAAAACUCAAAUAUAACUUAG